GCCACGUCUUUGGCCAACCUGCUAAGAAAGAGCAUGGCCUUGACAACGUCAAAGUAACCAACAGCGCCUGGGAUACCAAUGUCAUCGCUGCGUCGGGAGAAUACCUUAGUGUCAAUUGGAACGCAUCCGGCGGAGGGGCAUUCGCCAUCUUACCCCUUCCCUCGCCCUUCAACGCGACGGGGCUCUACAAGCUCCCUGACAACCUGCCCCUGGCGCGCAGCCACACCGCGCCCGUGCUAGAUACGGACUGGUCGCCCCACAACGACCGCAUCGUCGCCUCCGCCGGCGAAGACGGCAAAGUGAUGAUCUGGAAGGUCGAGCCGGCCGCGUUCGAGGGGUGGGGCAGCGAGGGGUGGGUCCCAACGGACUUCGAUCCCGUCGCACGGCUGGAUGCGUCUCCCCGCAAGAUCGGGCAGGUCCUGUUCCACCCGACCGCGUCGAACGUGCUUGCCAGCGCGUCCGGCGAACACACGAUCAAGCUCUGGGAUCUCGCGAACCCGGAGGACCCUCGGACCGUGCUCAGCGGACACACGGACACGAUCCAGAGUCUGUCGUUCAACCAGACCGGCACGGUUCUCGCGACGACGUGCCGCGACCGCAAGUUGCGGCUCUUCGAUCCGCGUGCUGGCGCCGACCCGGUGCGUGUUGGAGAUGGGCACGGAGGGAUCAAGGGAUCGCGCGUCGUGUGGAUGGGCGACAACGACCGUAUCGCUACGACCGGGUUCAGCCGAAUGAGUGAUCGCCAGGUCUCGAUCUGGGAGACAGGAGGAUUGGGCAACAUCAAGACUUUGGCGAUUGACCAGUCUGCGGGUGUGAUCAUGCCCUUCUGGUCGGACAACAACAUCCUAUUCCUCGCUGGUAAAGGAGAUGGCAACGUGCGCUACUAUGAAUACGAAUCGGACUCGCUGCACGGCCUGUCAGAGCACAAAUCAAGCGACCCUCAGCGCGGGAUGGCCUUCUUGCCGCGUCGGGCACUGAACGUAUCUGAAUGUGAAAUCGCGCGAGCCUACAAAGUUGCCGGCUCCUCCAUCGAGCCGAUCGCAUUCAUAGUUCCUCGCAAAGCCGACUCGUUCCAAGCCGACAUCUUCCCUCCUGCACCGAGCUCGGAGCCCAGUCUUUCUGCCGCAGAAUUUUUCUCAGGCAAAACUGCACCCGCACGUCUGGUCAACUUGGCUGAUGGGGUGAGCUUCGCUGCGAAAAGCGCUGGAUCGUCGCCUGCACCGGCCCCUGCAUCGGCCCCAGCACCCGCACCCACGAAAACUUACACCGCGCCCGCGCCCGAGCCCGCUGCUGCACCCAAAGCGGAGCCUGUGUAUUCCCGUCAAGCCAGCGUAGACUCAUAUGCUUCGCCUGUCACACCCUCUUCAGCUCAGAGCAUAUCACCAGCCCCCGUUCCGGUCGCUGCUGUCGCUCCCAGCAGCAGCAACAACAGCAACGAUCGGGCUCUGGCGGAAGAGAAUAGCCAACUCACUGCCGAACUGCGCGAGGCUCGUGAGAAGAUUCGCAAUCUCGAGCUGCAACUUGAGAGUGUGCGGGCCAACGCCAGAAAGGCUGCCCAAGCUCUGUUGGAGAGUUGAGCUCAAAGAAAAGCUCGGACAUCCGCCCUUGAUACAUACUGGAAUUCGUUUUCUGUUUCUGUUCAGGUUAUUGUCGCCUGCUCCAUACCUGUUCUAAUUUAUAUCAUCGAGACGUGUUAGCGACAUGGACAUGAGCAUCUGCAAGCUAAGCUUCCGCGCAAAGAACGUAAGUGGUUGAUGCCAGCGUCCUUGCCAUAAGCGGAUCAAUUGGUGAAAGUGACUAUUUUGCCGCCAAACAACGCACACUCCAUCCAUCGAUCCACCCACCACAAUGGCCACCGACCGAAUCCGCGAGGUACAUCCCCUUCCCCGGUAUCGAGCAUAUCUGCAUUCCGUCUGACGUGCCCUGCAGAAACUGAGCCAACUGCGCGUG